UUAUAAUGAUUUCUGAGGAAUUGUGUGCUGAAGUAAUGAAGCUGAAAAUUGAUCUUAUUGUUUUUACUGUAUUCCUGAUGAAUGCAGCUUUAAUUGAGUAUAAGCAACAACUUCAAAUAAACCUUACUGAGUCCUUGAUGUCAGUAGAGCUCAUUCAUUUAUCCUGUGCUCAAACAGAUAAUGCCAUGGAGGAGGAAGUAUCAUGGACUUUGUGACGGGUUCCAGGGUUCCCAGAGCCAAAUACACGAUGGUUCGAGAGGUGCUGUGUUACGUGAUCCCCUAUCAUAUGCAGUGCUCCAUGGGAUGUGGUGGACUGGCCUGCAAGUAUGAGGACCCUUCACACUGGAGUGAAGACGAUCAGGCCAUCAGAGGAAUCUACUCGUCCUGGAUCACUGAUAAUCUGCUGGCCAUGGCCCGCCCUUCCACUGACAUCAUUGAAAAAUUUGCCGUUAUAGACCAGUUUUUGAGAUGUGGUUUGAAGACAGUUAUUAACCUCCAGUGCCCUGGUGAACAUGCCAGCUGUGGAAACCCACUGGAUCCCCAGAGCGGCUUCACGUAUCGACCGGAGACAUUCAUGGAGGCUGGCAUAUAUUUCUACAACUUUAGAUGGAAUGACUAUGGUGUGGCAUCUCUCACAUCCAUCUUGGAUAUGGUCAAAGUCAUGUGUUUUGCCAUCCAAGAAGGCAAGAUGGCUGUUCACUGUCAUGCAGGGCUUGGCAGAACAGGUGUGUUGCUGGCCUGUUUCUUCUUGUUCACCACACAGAUGACAGCAGACCAAGCCAUUCUGUUAGUUCGAAGCAAACGACCCAACUCUAUCCAGACUAGAGGACAGCUCCAUUGUGUCAGGCAGUUUGCUCAGUUCCUGGUUCCGCUAAGGAAUGUGUUUGCUAACGCUGAGCCUAGAGCGCCGCCUGUUACUCUUUCACAAUACUUGAUCCGCCAAAAACAUAUACUGCAUGGAUAUGAGGCUCGGAAGUUGAGAUACGUGCCAAAGCUCGUCCCUCUCAUCUGCAGACUCCUACUGGACAUCGCAGAGAAUCGCCAGGUUAUCGAGGAGGACAUUGUCGAGGUUCCUGACGUCACAUCUGUGGUAGAGAAAACUUUAAAUGAGAGUUCAGUGUAUCAGUUAAACAGAGAGAUUUGGGGAAAUGGGAUGACUCUGAUCAGUCCCCGUCUUCCAGGUCUACCCAGAGCCAACAGAGGCAACACACAACCUCUUUACUAUGUCCGUAAGAGCCUCAGCUACAGCGAGUCUGACCUCCAGAGGUUAGCAGCGUCUUUAAACCUCUCGGAUAACCCUCUCGGGGUUUUAGCCAGCAUCCACUCAACUACCAUCAACGAUCAGCUGGGAGCUUUCAACUGUGUUUCCCAGAACUAUGUCGCUCCUUCUCUGGGGGCUUGUAAGAACAAUUACAUCUACAGCUCAACCAGCAAUAUAUGGGAGCUGAAAACUCUUAUGGACCAGACAGAAGGAUCUCCACUGCUCAAAACCAGGAGACAGUCUGUCCUGCAGCGAAGCCAAUCUCUAGGCGUUUCAGAUGAGAAAAGCACCACGAACAUCGCAAGAAUACUGGCCUACUGGAGGAGAGACUGCAAGCAAAGCACUGACCCUGACGAGGCUCAACACAUUGAGAAAGAGCAUUCGGAGGUGCCCUUCAUCACUGUCCAGUCCGAGUUGUCUCUGGAGUCUCGUCACCUCCUGGUGGCUCAGUCCCUUGCAGUAGACCUCGAGAAGGAUGGAGAGAAGGAGCAAAUUCAGAAGGUGUCUACUUGGCAGGCAGAUCUUAACCGUCAAGGUGCAUGGGAGCGACUGUGUUUGGAGAAAGACCCAUUUAUUCUGUCUGGAAUCAUGUGGUCCUGGCUGGAGCAGCUCAAAGAGCCAAUCAUCUCAGAUCAUGAUGUUCACACACUAACAGAGACCAGCCAGGACCCCCAAACUGUGCUCAAUUGCCUAGAUAGGGCUUCCAGGGAAACCUUGAUGUGCAUUCUGGACUGUUUCGCUCAUUUACUGACAACAACUGAGGAAAUCGAGAGUGCUUUCCUGGAGCGAGCGACCAAAGCUUUCACAAAGAUGAAAAACACCAAUGGUGGGAAGAGCGUCCACAAAAUCAUGAACGGGGUCUUGAAGCUUGUUCUGCAUCAUUUGAGGAACGAGUUUGAGGUCUAACACAUGCAACAAUCACUAAACUACAGUUAACUACAAAGAGAAUGAGUUUAUCUACAUCUGUGUCCAAUGUCAGAGACGAGCUCCACACAUUUCUUUGGUUGCUCCUCAGCUUUCGGUUCAGAUGAAGAAUCCAGCUUGUGAUUUAGCCCACAGAUAGACUGAAUUAUAAUUAUCCCAUUUUUAGAAGUUAGAAAAUGUGUUUUACGUGGUGAAUUGAUUGAUGUAAACUGUAUGUUAUGUGCCAUAGUGCUAAUACUUGAAAGCAUUGCUUAAACUUCCCAUUUUUGUACAAUGUUUGUACAGUUAUUUGUAAUAAAAUACUUAGAUUGCACACA